AUGUCGACUUGUGCAUGCGACAUCACACUUCAAAUCUCGGACAAUAUGACAAUUCAAGGUCAAGUCAUUUCAUUCGUGGGCAAACUCAGGAGCUACUCAAGAGCCGACGCGAUUGCUCAAGCUCGAGCGGCGGGAGCGUCCGUGACGUCAACUGUUACCAGGCGGACCACUGUCUUGGUAGCUGCUGAUGAGGCGACAAAGGCACCUAGCGGAGUCGAGGUGUGGAGCGAGUCCAAGUUUGUGCAAGCGUUGGGUGCGGUCAAACCCGAGCCACAGGAGGAACCUGCUAUGGAAGCAGUGGCUAUACAGCCAAAGCGAGGCAAGAAAGUCGCCGUGAAAGAUGAGGUGAAGGAAGAACCCAUUGCGCCUCCCAAAAGAGUCACGAAGGGUAAAAAACGUGCCAAAGCAGAAGCGCCGGAACAGACUUCUCCUUCCUCACCCAAGAAGCCCAAAGCCGACGAAGCAAAGACCGAGCGCAUUGGUGCACGAAAACCCGAUCGAUUCUUGGCCAGCCGUGACCAGUUUACAAUCGUCGACGACUAUUUGACGGACCUCAUGCAGACCAACCUGGGCACGAACAACAACAAGUUUUACAUCAUCCAACUUCUGCAGUCGGUAAGCGACCACACAUACUACGUGUUUACGCGAUGGGGGCGACUGGGGGAGGCCGGCCAGCACAAGCUUGCGCCAUUUGGCCACGACUUGGACCGAGCGAUCACGCAGUUCGAGGCCAAGUUCUCCGACAAAACGCGAAACAAAUGGGCCGAUAGACAUGCGUUUGUGAAGCACUCGUACAAGUACCAGUUGGUCGAGUUGGACACGACUGAAACGGGCGACGGUGGCGCAGGUGAUGCGGCAAUGGGGAAAUUGUCAGCUUCCCAAAUUCACAAGGGACAAGUCGUAUUGGAGAAGAUCAAAGCUGCACUCUCGUCGCGAGCAGGCGCCAAUACCAUAAAUCAGCUCUCGGGGGAGUACUAUUCGCUUAUCCCAACGUUGGCUGGUCGCAAUCGCCCUCCACCUUUGGGUUCAACCAAGUUGGUCGAAGAGAAGGAAGCGCUCUUGGACUUUUGGCUUCGUAUGGGCUUUGAUGACAUGGAAGAACAAACUGGAUUGGCUCCCAUUGAAGGCAUCAUGGACUUGCCGCUUCCGUCCACAUUGCUUGAAGCUGCUUCUGUCAUCACUCAAGGUACGUUAACACCAUGCUUCAACUACAUUUGCUAA